AAGAAGUGGUCUGUUUGAUCAAGUUAUCAAGUCACAGCAGACAUCAUUUUUGUAUAUUUUAGGUUAGUUUGUUAUUAAUUUUAUUUUGCAAUUUGCUGAGAACGGAGGUAUAUUUUCUAUAAGAUGAAAUAGAAAUUCUAUUAUAAAUAAGAAUUUAGUUGAUUACUGUAGUGACUUUUCAAGUUUUACUAUGGCAGCACUCAUGAAAUUGUUGGAAAGAAGGUUAUUGAACACAGUAAAUGCUUUGGGACUGUUUCCAAAUCACACGAUUGUUUGCAAUUAUGCUGCUCCAAAUAUUGCUUCAUUGGGUAAAAGCAAAAAGCUGAAAGCUGGUGCAGCUCCAGUAGAAAAGAAGCGUCUUCCGGUGGAAACUGAUAUAAACAAAUUGGUCACCUUCUGUUGUGGUACCAACAUUUUGAAAGAAGGUGGUCAGGAUAUUAAAUUGCAGCCAGACAGCGAAUACCCCGAUUGGUUGUGGCAACUCCAUAUAGGUAAGCCGAAAACCCUGGAUGAAAUGGAUCCAAACACAUUGCAAUAUUGGAGGAAAGUUCGGAAAGGAGGAAUGAAAAGAAGAAAUUUGUUGCUGUCAAAGAGAAAGAAAACUAUUACUUUUGAUAAAGUUUACUCCUAGACCAGUUUUUAAUUAUAACUUUUCCCUUUACGUUGGAAUCAUAGGACUUUUGAAUCAAGAAAAUGUUUGCUAUAUUAAAUGAACAUUUGUAUAUAAUAAUAUUGUGAACUAGAAUAAAAAAGUUGAAUGAUGCUGGAA